GCGAACAACAGUUCUCAACUUCUCCUACUUGAGAUCAAGUCAGAAUAAACUUCCUGGGAAGCGAAAAUCAUAUAUAAACUAGUCCAUGCAGCGUCAACGGGGAAGUCGCAGCUUCGACUUGAAGUGAGCGUCUGCAUUUCCCCUUCAUUCUUGUCUUUUUUGUCAUCGACCUAAGAAUACGGCGUACGCAGAAGGAGGUAUUUUUAGUUCAUUUGACUCCUUCGAAACACGUGUGCCCAUUUUGAUCAGGAUGACCGUUCAAUCCGCCUUGUUGCCAAUAUUGGUCUUUGGACUGGUGUCUAGCUUGGUGCGCUGUGCUUCCUUUUCUGGUAGGCAGAAUGGCACCCUAGAGCGACACUGGGAGACUCUCUACUCGCGCUCCUUGGCUCGGAUCCCCGGGGAAAAAAGAGAGAUCAGCCGGGACAGUGACUAUCUCAUGGGCAUCAAACGGCUACGACGUCUCUACUGUAACGUUGGCAUUGGAUUCCAUAUCCAGGUCUUACCAGACGGGAAGAUAACUGGAGUACAUAACGAGAAUCGACACAGUCUCCUCGAAAUAUCCCCAGUGGAAAGAGGCGUUGUGACUCUCUUCGGCGUGCGGAGUGGGCUAUUCGUGGCCAUGAGCGGCAAGGGGAAGCUGUACGGAUCCAGCCAUUUCAACGACGAGUGCAAGUUUAAAGAAAAGCUCCUGCCAAAUAAUUACAAUGCCUACGAAUCGACGGCGUACCCAGGAAUGUACAUAGGACUUAGCAAAAGCGGCAAGACGAGAAAAGGAAACAGAGUUUCUCCGGCAAUGACAGUAACCCACUUUUUGCCAAGAAUAUGAGUCAGUUGUCACUUUACCUCACUGAGUGGAGAAAGAAUAAGGGACUCAAAACAAUGCACUUUCAUGUUGAAUUUUAUGCAAUAUUAGGCGCGUCAUAUUUAAAUGAAUUAUUUAAGUAUGUAUAUUUUGUGGAAGACGUAUAUUUAUAAUUAUGGAUAAUUUUAUAUUUCAUGGAAACUGGUCAGCCAGAAGAGCGGCAAACGUAAAAAAACACUAUUUAACUAAUGUUGCCUUUUUAACAUAUCGAUACAUGUGCUGCUAUAAAGUGCUUGGAAAAGUGAAAUUCCUAUAUUGUUAAAUUAGUUUUGCACUGUUUAUAAAUAUUAGCCUUCAUGUUUGGACAACAUGCCCCAGUUUUUAUUCAGCAAUUUUGGCUUUUGUAAAUUUCAAUUAUACAAUAUGCUUUUAAAUUCUAAGGUAGCGCUGUAAGGUAGCGCUGUAUAUUCCUUGGAAGAAUUUUUCAAAUAACAUGGAAUUUGUUGUGUCAUGGGAAGAAGCGUAUGACUGAAUUAGCUAGUUAGAACCGCAGAAGCCCUAAUUGUAGUUUUUUUCUAUUUUUUCCGAAAGAAAUUUAUCUUACUUGUUUACUGUAAUUUGUUGAUCAGUCUGCACCAUAUAUACAAGUGUGAAGUAGCGUUGCAAGCCGAAGCAACUGUAGAAUGUCUGACCGCCUUUGUGCGUGUUGGUAUCUAAUUGAAACCGUAUCGGCUUACUUCUGGUGACAGAAAGUGCGGUGUCGAAGUCUAACCCUCAAAUCUGUUUUUAGCUCUGACAGGGCUCGAACUUUGAACUUCUCUGCAGUCAAUCUUUGUCAGAUGUAUAAGGUCCUAGACAGAGAGGGGGAUGUUCCUAACAUUACAGAAACUAAGCAUUCUGAAGUUGAAGUGCAAACUCUGCCUGACUUUUGCCGUUCGGUAUUGUUCUCUCGUGUUCACUUUUGAAAACUCAUCUUCUUGCAGAAAGUGUAAGUUACUGUGAAGUAUAGAAAUAGUUUUUUUUUUUUACCUCACUAGGCUGCAAAAACUGAGCAAAGGUUCAGUGUGGUUAUUCUUAUGUAUAGCUAGGAGAAAUAGCAAAUAGAGAAUUGUGUUUAGCUGUCAUGGAUGCUAGCCCUGCAGACCGCCCAGUGCUCCACUGGAAGGCCCCCCUGCCCUUUCCAUUUUCCACGCCCUGAUUGACUGUCUUUUUCUACCUCAGGUAAUUGAUUAUCACCAGCCAACGUGCAAAAUAUUUCAGGGAGGCCUCUCUGGCUGCUUCAGCCACCUGCUGGUUUGCGUUCUGUUCUUCCUAGUGGCUGAUCUUACGCCUCUGCCCUUCUAUAUGCAGAAAACCGGACAGCCAUGGGGUCCGAGUUCAGCCUUGUCACGUUUGUGCUAUCUUUACCCUGUGAUUUACUUUUAGUAUGGAGAAUCAUGAUGAAAAUAUCUGCAGACAGCUGUGAGAGACUCCACUAUAUGGCCAGCCAGUAACCCUAUAUUUUCCUUUAUACAUUUUGUAAAUAUAACUCAUGUUAACUGAUGGAACAGAGGCAGACUAUAUUAAAGAAUGAGGCUGAGCAAUUUGGAUAACAAAGGUUAACUUAAGACACCAGUUUUCCAGGACAAAAGAAGAUGACACAGGUUUCCCUCAAGUAAGCCAGGACACGUCUGCAUGCUAAUUUGCAAAUUCUGAGAGAUGUGAAGCUCUGAUAUAACAUUCCUUACCUUACCAGUAUUCAGGUGUACAAAUCUGUGCUCAGAGUGGAGGGUGGCCAGCCAAGGUGCCAGGUGUCAUGGCCUCACCCUUUCUGCCUAAUCUUUGAGCACAACUACAAAGCCACUUACAUAUCCCUGCAAAGCGUUUUUCCUUGGUAAUUAUUAACUCUGUCAUCCUGUGCCUCUUUUUUGUAUUGUAAGUUAUGUCCUUCCCUCACCUGGAUGCAUAAACCCAGAUUUACACCAGGACCAGGGAUCCCAAAUAGCUGAAACAAAAUAUUAAUCCUCUGUUAGGAGCAAAAAAAUAAUGUUAUUUUGGAACACAAACGUAAUAUUCACCAAAACUCGGUAUCUCCUGUAAUAUAAGCAAUUUAAACUACUUGUGGGUCUGAUUUUUUAAAAUGCUGUUUAUUCAUGACAGAACAAUAAUAUGUUAAAUUGAUUAAUCAUGUAACCUAAAAUUUAAAGCAUGACUGGUUAUACCUUAAGUCGAAAUUUGCUCUCCUGGCUGUUUCUGCAUUCAUGUGAAACAAUGCAAUGUACAAAGUAUAAUGACGGAAUGAAUCCCUGAGGUCAUGUUAUGCGUUUCCCACUUACCAGAAUGUGUCUGUAGUUUUAUACA